AUGGCUCCUCUGAAAGUUUACGUGGCAAGUGCAACUGCUAACCCAGAGACAAAAUACCGGGUCCAACGAACAUUGAUGAUUCUUGAUGGACUAGGUAUUCCAUUUGAUUCAAUUGAUAUCACUAAACCAGAACAUGCGGAACAAAGAAAAUUUAUGAGAGAGAAUGCAUCGAAGAAAGGACCAAAUGGAGCUGUUUUGCCACCUCAGUUUUUCUAUGAAGACGAGUAUCUUGGGGAUUACGAAGACUUUGAUACGUCAGUGGAAGCAGAUACGAUCACUGAGUUCUUGAGGUUACUGCCUGAUGCUAUUGAGUCAAAUGUACCAACUAAUGGUGCUGAAAAGCCGGAAGAAAACACAGAUGGAGGGACAGCAGCUGCAAAAUCCGAUGAGAAAAAGACGGAAGAUGAAGAAGAUGAAGAAGAUGAAGAGUGGGAUGAAGAUGAAGCUGAAGGAGAGGAUGAAGAAGAGAAUGAAGACGGUGAGAAGAAGAAAAAGGAUUCAGAAGAAGUGAAAAAAGAAGAAGACGUUGAAGCUGAAACAACUGAAACGAUAACACUUGCAACCCCAAAAUCAGCGACUUCAGAGGAUGUGAAGAAGGAUUCAGAAGAGGUUGACGAUGAGGAAUUAGAAGGAGAAGAUGAAGAAUGGGAUGAAGAAGAAGAGGAAGAAGAAGAAGCUUAG